ACAACGCGUCACCGACGACCCCGAUAUACCCGGGCCCGAAAAUCAUCCCGGGACGGUUUUCAGUCCAGCGAACGCGCCAAGAAUAUUCUCAGGCUGGUUAUAGAGGGAUGUACUAGUAAUUUACCGCGUCUGGGUGUUUUUAGUGUGUGUUGAUGUGUUGUAUAUGCGGUGAGUGGUAUUUGGGACACGCCCAGAGGUGGGUAGAAUCCACCUUGUACGGUCGACAAUAGUGGUCGGACGGGUGGGGACGGUUUAGGUCGAGCCUUUGACAAAGCGCGCAGCCAAGCAAGCGGGAUUAUUCACUCUAAAUGUCGUAGAGGCCGAGUUCUCACGCCAAGGAAUUUCUGACUAGCGCAGCUAGCUGCUAGAACAGACGGCCGCCAUGUCGAUUUUUGGAAGCAGAAGGAGCGGUAGGAGCGGUAAAAGCUACAAGACGCGAUCUCUGAAGGAUCUAUCGGUGGAGUACGGCAGCGACGAGACGGUAUGUCCGAUUUUUCACGUUCGCUACCUGGGAACACUACCCGUGGAAAGAUCAGGCAGGGAAGCCGUAGUCCCGGUGGUUCAUAUGCUGUACGAGAGGGGGAAAGACAAGAGUCUACCGAAGAGAACUCUGAGUAUCGGAGGGCAGGGGAUUCUCAUCGGCUACCCGAAGAACGCGAUCGGCGCCCCGACUCCCGACGUGGUGCCGACCCGAGCGGUCACCUAUGGAAUUGCAGACAACAUCCACAAAGACGUGUUUGCCUUCGUCAUGCGGACUCGCAGCUUGGACAACCCUCUUAUGUGUCUAGCCUUCAAGACCAAGAAGCCGGAAUACGCCACGGCGCUUGCCUUGUGGCUGGUUCGCGCUAUACAAGAGUACGGCCACAGCAUCGGCCGGCCAACCCCGCCUUCCUCUAUCUCCAACCCGCAUAGCAGGCGGCCAUCUUCUGUUUUCAUGAGCAGAAGCCGUUCGGCCACAAAAGUUCUGUCCAACAAGAUCAACCUACUUCGGCGCGGGUCUAUCAAAUCACUCCCGGGGAAGACCCACAUCUUCCGGAGACCCUCCGCACAAAGCUCGAAGACGACGGCGUACGGGAACGGGCCGGUUUCUGGAAGAGAGUAUGCGGUGGUCAGAAGGAGGAACCACUCGGGAGCGCACAGUGCGCCACACAGGAGCGGCACCGGCCACUACGCGAAUGUAGAAAACCACCAUUCCCGUCCGGAGCGGCCACGGUCGUAUGUUAACACACAGGACCUGCAGUACGUGACCAAGGUACACGAGCGGGACACCCACCGACGGGAGGAGCCCGUGUACGCGACCGUGAACAAGCCGCGCCGGUCCGCCCCGGCCUCCCCCACCCGGAGUAACGGGGCUCCGGCUACCGGCACCGGGUUCCACCUGUCCGCUAACACAGCACGGAGACGGCCGCCACCGCAGAUCAUCCAAGACUCCACCAAGACGGUCUCUUUCGACCAGAAAAAUGACCCGAACCACAAAAACUCUUCCAAUAACCACGUAUUAACCACACGGGACAAGCUUCUGAACCUCAUAUCACCCAACAGACAGCUCAAACAGUCCCCUCGGUCACCCAACAAGGAAUUUUUAUUCCCACAGGAAUCCCGAGGGCCCGCCACGCAACCGAGGUCUCUUCCACCCUCACCCGAGCGGACGCAAAGACCCGUAGGAUCUCGCGAGAGGUUGAUACAGCACGAGAUUUACGAUUCAAGCCUUAAAGAUAUAACCGUUAUGAGUUACGCAAAACCGCAACAAGAGGAAAUACACAACAACCGGCCGUACAUAGCGCCCGGCGCUCCAAACUCUAACAACAGGAACUACGCGCACGUUAGUAAUAAUACUAAAACGUACGCUCAGCCAGCAAGGCAUCACCAAGUCCCUAACAACAUCACAGCAGCACCUGUUCUGAAUAGCAAACCUUCCUACAACCACGUACCCAACAGCAAACCCUACAACCCUCCCCCCAUGCCGAACAACAGAAACUAUUCCCCAGCCAACCACGUCAAGAAGAAUUCUGCCGCUCCGCCUUUGAAUCACAGAUCAACCUACUCGCCAAACCACCAGCCGCACACCGCCCCUCCCCCACCGAAGGCGAUCUUGAAAAAUGACACAAAGAGCGAAAAGUCGACUAAGUCGAAGAGGUCGCGGCAUUCGUCCAAGAGUGGAGGGAAGAAACAGUCGUAUUCCGUACACCAAGACGAGUUGGAUAACAUUGAUUAUGACCUGUUCGAGCAUUCUGGAAACGAGAGUAGGUCCCGUGUUGGUAGCGCGGGCCAACAGCGGUCUGUCUUUGUAUCGGACUCGGACGAAGAGUGGCCCACCUACCGAGGGUCGAGCUCCUUCAAGCCGGUACCUGUACAGAGCCGAGAUCGGGUGGAGAUCUGACCCAGGAACUGAAGAAUUUUCUUUCUGUGUUGAAAAACAAGUC